AUGCGUUUCACUACAACCACCGUUGCUGCAUUCUUGCUUUCUGUUGGCGUGGCUUCCGGCUUCACAGUCCAGCCUGCCUUUGUGGCCAGCAGUGUGGCAGCACCACAGGGACUCUUCAUGUCGGAAGCGCCCACCGAGGAAGUCCCUCCUGAAGUGGAUGCUAUGGAUGGAAUUGAAAGUUCCGAGGAAGCUCACAAUGCCGAUCGUCCUGCUCGUGCCUCCAUUGCCAAGAAAAAGCCAGCUGCUGGAAAGCCCAUCUCGGAAUUAGAAAUCGGUUCCAUGGUCACUGGAAGAGUCAAGACCAUUACCAACUAUGGAGCCUUUAUGGAUAUUGGAGCAGCAUCGGAUGGUCUCUUGCACAUUUCCAAUCUAUCUGCAGAGUUUGUCGCCAACGUGGGUGACGUGAUUGAGGCUGGAAAGGAAUACCAGGUCCGAAUCAUUACCAUUGAUGAGGCCAAGAAUCAAGUGGCACUCUCUCUCUUGACAGCAGAAGAGGAAGAAGCUUCCAAAAACGCUCGUCCUCCACAACGUCAGCAACAAAAUCAAAGUCGAGGAGGUGGACGUCGUGAUGACAGUGCCGUCGCCGCCGCCUUGAACGAAAAGGGAUUUGAUUCCGGCAAAUUCGUCGAAGGAACCGUCGCCAGUACCGUCGAUUUUGGAGCCUUUGUCCGAUUCGAUGCCUCCCAGUUGAAUUCAGAGGUCGAGGGUGAAAUGGACGGUCUGGUCCAUAUCUCGGCAUUGACACCGGGACGUGCCGAUUCCGUCACGGCCAUUUGCAAUACCGGGGACAAGGUCCAGAUCCGUUGUAAGUCCAUUGAAGGAAGAAAAGUAAGUCUCAGUAUGAUCUCGGUCGAGGACGAAAAGGCUGCCAAUGAGAGGAGGCGUUCCGGAGGAGGCGGGCCACCGGUCUUCGAAGGGGCCAAGGAUUGGAAGGAAUCAUUGGAGAAAAUUUCAGAAACUCUCCCAGAAUUCUCCAACGGUCCUCUGGUAGUGGAUAUGAGGAAGUAG